UGUAGGUACUCGGGUAUUUUUAGACUUCGAGGCAUGUCGUUAUCGGGCUGCCGGUGCACACAAUGCGAUAGGCUGCUUCACCCGUCCUACUGUCGCGGCCGCCUCCCUCGUCACCUUAGGUAAGUAGCUGCUACAGGCUCAACUCGUUCCCAUCCUCUCCCCUGGCCUGCGACCUGCCUGGCCUGCGACCUGCCUGGCCUGCCAUCGCCUUAAAAGUCGCACCGCCCUCCCUUGACCUAAUUAUCUCACCUGUCGGCCCAGUCCCGGCCUGGUCUCUUCCCGCCCCCCGAAACAUCAACCUAGCCCAUCUCAUCCCCUCGACAAACGAUGGGGACGGCUGCCGACAUCUCGAGUCCGGUUCUUCGCGUGGCGAUCGUAGCUGACAACAACACAUUUUACGCGUAAAUGAACCCUCCUCAACCCGGACCCUCUCACCCUCAGAUCACCCAGCGGCACUAGCUAUCCGCGAGCCUCAUGAAUGGGUCAGGGGCCUCUGGUCGUGGCCGACUGCUGCCGAACCCCCACGAGAACCGCGAUGGCUCGACCUCGUCCAACAACGCUGCCCUGAAAGGCGCGUCCCUCGCCUUCCAGAAAUCCACGCCAAGAACAUCACCCACGCCCACGCCCACGCCCACGCCCGCGUCCACCUCCCGCGGUCAUGACAACGGAGCUCUAAUUGCGGCUACUUCUGCGUCGCGCGACCACUCGCGGAUACUAAGCCGGCAGACAACGGGUAGUAGCAUUCAGGGGGCAACCGGCAGCCCCGAGAGCGAGCAAGGAAUGGCUGGCCAGUCUCCGGCACCGCAUCUACCACCACCGCAACGUAAUCAUGGCGCCUCCUCUCACCUGGGACCACUGGGUAAACAAGUGGCUAGAGAUGCUCGUUCUCCAUCCUUUAUAGCCGCCACUCUCGCCGCUAGUAGAUCCGCCAGUCCCGUUCACCAGCCGACCGUCCAGUCUUAUUCUCACGCCCACUCGCCGGCUAGGAGACAACGGAAGACUAGCGUCAGCGCCAACCAUAGCGCUUCCAGCUCCGUGACGAGCCUCGACCUAGAAACCGAUAUGGGAUCAAUUCCUUCCACUAAUACCUUGAUAUCGAUGUUCGAGAAGGGGCGUAUCGACACUGAUCCCGUCAAGAAGGGCCCCACCGAAGCCCCCAGCAGCCGGACGUCAAACCCGCCAAAGCCUAAACCUCGAGCUAUAACCCCUCCGAGAGCAACGACCCCUACCUCUAGGGACGAAAUGGCCCCGUCAAGAAUGGCUAGUUCUCGAGCAUGGGCAACGGCAACACUUCCUCAGCAAUUGGGAGCCGACACGGCUCGGGGGGAACCUAUUCAACGUCAGGCUGCAGUCGUCGCACCAAGAGGGCGCGCGCCUACUCCUCCGCCAGCAAGGAUAAAACACCAAGCUACCAUGCCUACGCAGUCGGAUGCUCUGGAAGUCAGGGGUAAGCCGCGCGCUUCUACGCCGCCGCCGAGACCCAGUAAGCGAGCCGAGACCGGCGCUCUGGGCCGGUCCGUUUCUCAAAAAGUCCUAUCACGCGACGUACGAGCCAUCGAUUCCGCACCCCAAGGCCGAACGCCUUCAUUAAAUAAUCCUAGAUCGCUAUACCCUGUCUCCGCGGAUGGCCCUCCGGUGUCAUCCCCGCCGACAGACGAAAGGAGUGGAAGCCCCGCCUCGUCCGACGACUCAUUCGUCUCUGCCUCGUCACUGCCCGAGUCUCCACCUAGGGGCAGAUCGCGACCACUAACUCCCGAAUCCACGCUGUCCAACCGGCCGUCUCUCUCGGUUCGGGGCCUCGCCCCGACGCCAGCGCCGGCACGACCGCCGCUCCCCCGACGUCAGCAGACUUCAAAUCUCCCCCUGAAUUCGCUGACGGACGCCAUCGUGGCAGGUUCUCUAGCGUCGGCUCGCCUGACGCGCUCAGCUUCGCCGCCGCCGCCCCCACCGCCGCGGAAGGUACAGCCGACGCCUCCAAUGCGUCGGACCCUGCGGCAGCCGCUCGCCAAGUCGGAUGAUGAGGAAGGCUCGAGGGCGAGGUCGAAGCAUCGCAAGUCUCUGGCCAAGCUCGGGAACAGCAAGAAGCACGCGCACCACGAGGGGGCGAGGAAACGCUGGCGCGAGGAGAUCACGGCGAGAGAGCGCAAGAGGUACGAGGGCGUGUGGGCCAGCAACCGGGGCCUGCUGCUGGUCCCGCCCCAGGGGGCGGCCGGCGGCGACAGCGCCUUGGGCCCGGAGCCGGGGCAGCUGGGGCAGGCGGUGGCCAACGUGGUGGUGCGGGACCUCUGGGGCCGCAGCCGGCUGCCGGCGGACGAGCUGGCGGAGGUGUGGGACCUGGUGGACCGGCACGGGCGAGGGUUCCUCGACAAGGUAGAGUUCGUGGUGGGGAUGUGGCUCAUCGACCAGAGGCUCCGGGGGCGCAAGAUCCCGCGCAAGGUGUCGGAGAGCGUGUGGAACAGCGCGAGCGCCGGCGGCGUGAGGGUCGGGGAGGUGAAGAAGACGAAGGGAGGGAAGUGAGAUCUGGAAGAUGGAGACGGAGUGUUCCUGGCAGCAGAAUGCGUAGCGGCGGGAGCAGCGUUACGAGUAGUGCUGGGCCCGGCCGAAGUAUGUGUGGCAAUGAUACCCUCUUGUGAUAGAUCGAUACCUACCUGGGUUAGCUUGGAAUUUGGGACUCUCUGGUUUGGGGGAGAGAGUGUAUACAGCAUGUCACGGAUAUGUAGCGGAUUUCCUACACACACAUGUAUAUAUACACACACACACAUACGCCUCUCAUCUUCUAUACCGACCUUGGGUGCCUACGUAAAGCAGCAACAGCAGGAGGUGGGAGGUGUAUAAUACGCAAAGUACCA